AAACCCCGCACCUUGUUGUUAUUGGAGCUUGUGCGCUUUAUUGUCGUUAAACUUUUGCAUUUUGUUUCAAACUUUAAGGAGGUAAUAAGAAAGAGAAAAGAUGGUCGGGUAUUGUAAUGAGGAACAAGUUCUAGGAAAAGAGGAGCUCUCCCUUUCUCACCCUGACCCUAUUGUCCUAGAGCACAACCGUUUGCAGAACCUUCUCAAAGAUAGGGAGAGAGAGCUAGGAUUUGCACAAGGAGAAAUUAAGGCUUUGAGGGCAACUGAAGCUUUGAAGGAUAAGGCUAUAGAAGAGCUCAGGAAUGAAGUUGGUAAACUGGAUCAGAAACUUGUUUUCACAGAAAAUCUUGUAGAACACAAGAAUCUUGAAAUCAAGAAGCUUACAAGUGAAAAGAAAGAUGCAUUAGCAGCACAUUACGCUGCAGAAGCAAUUCUUAGAAGGGUCCAUGCAAAUCAGAAGGAUGAUGAUUCUCCUCCUAUUGAGUCAGUCAUUGCUCCACUUGAGGCUGAUAUUAAAAUGUAUAAAAAUGAGAUUGCAUCGCUGCAGGUGGAUAAGAAGGCGAUGGAACGUCUCACCAAGUCAAAAGAGGCGGCUCUGCUUGAAGCAGAGAGGAUCUUGCAGAGUGCUCUAGAAAGGGCUUUAAUGGUUGAGGAGGUUCAGAACCAAAACUAUGAGUUGAAGAGACAGAUUGAAAUCUGCCAGGAGGAGAACAGAAUUCUAGAGAAGACAAAUCGCCAAAAAGUUAUAGAGGUUGAAAAGCUUAGCCAAACCAUUUGUGAGCUUGAGGAAGCUAUUCUCGCUGCUGGAGCUGCAGCCAAUACUAUUCGUGACUAUCGAAGACAGAUUUCUGAACCAAAAGAGGAGAAGAGGAUGCUGGAGAGGGAGCUAGCCAGAGCCAGAGUUUCAGCAAACCGAGUUGCAACGGUGGUGGCUAACGAGUGGAAGGAUGAAAAUGACAAGGUCAUGCCUGUCAAGCAAUGGCUUGAAGAGAGAAGGCUGCUGCAGGCGGAGAUGCAAAGACUAAAAGAGAAGCUAGCUAUAUCAGAGAGAACAGCUAACGCAGAAGCACAACUGAAGGAAAAAUUGAAGCUGAGGCUGAAGACAUUGGAAGAGGGCUUAAAAUACACAUCAAGUUUCUCUGCAAACCCUAAUGCAUCCUGUGGAUCCCCCAAACCAGGAAGCACCAAUAAGAUACUAGGAUUUCUAAAAAGCAAUGCAGGAAUGAGAAGGAGAUCUACAUCACAACCAAGGGGAUCCAACAUCAGUAGAAACUUCCCUCUCCAGCAGCCAGAUAUAGAAACUGAAAAUGCAAAUGCUUCUGGGAAACUAAAUGGAGCUGAUAGCUUCAAAAAGAAGUAUGGUUCUGGAGAAAACAUGGUGGCAAAAGGUAUAUGGGUAUCUAGAAACAAAGUUAUUGAUAUCAGCGGAAAGGAAAAUGAAGAAGUUAAGGCAAAAGACGAUUCCUGUAUCGAUAAACACGGGAUUGAUGGUACGACAAAUUCAGAAGAAACAAAGAACAAAGUUGGUGGAAAUGAAGACUUGCCAAACAAGGGAAGUGCCAAUUCUGAUAGUCAAGAUGUUGUUUCAGGAUUUCUAUAUGAUAGGCUUCAAAAGGCGGUCAUAAAUCUACAAAAAUCUUGUGAGACUAAAGAGAGGAGUUUGAAUGCUAAAGAUCAAGAAAUUCAGAUGCUCAUGAAGAAGGUUAAUGCACUAACAAAAUCCAUUGAAGUAGAGUCCAAGAAAGUGAAGAGAGAAGCAGCAGCUAGAGAAAAAGAAGCUGCAUCUGCAAAACUGAACAAACCAAAAGGAUUUGGAGUAUAACCUAUUCGAUAUGCUAUUUGGAUUGCAACAGGGAUACCAAGUCGCUUGAAGAUUGCUUGGAUUGGGUAUAGCUGAAGGCUACCUACCGGAAAUUCAAUUUACUCUCCCACCAUGUCUGAUGAUUUUUCAAUGUAAAUACGAACUGUUUUACUGAUUCUAGCUAGUUGAAAUAAAGUUCUGAAUCAAUGGACAGAAGUUCUGAACUUGUAACAACUAGGACAAAGCUGAAAGUUGUGUGGAUUGCUGUUUGAGAUUACUUGAAAGAUUUUCAAUAUGCUUUUGGUUUGUGUAUAUGGUAACUUGAAGUGUACAAACUUGAUGACGAUUUGUAAACAAGGAAACAGUUUGAUCCAAAAAAAAAAUACAGGUUGAUUUCUCUA